UUCCAGCUUGAGAUACCCCACCGGCCUAUGCUGGCGUCGCUCCUUAGUAUUCUUGGUACUUGAACGCCUGGACGUGGCGUACCGGCGUCCUUUUGUCUUUCCACACGUCUGCCACUGCGACAGCUUUGGGUCUUACACAUUACUGUUUAAAAUUUACUAUUUGUUAUCUAGACAUUAUUGGGUUCCGAGACGGCGACGCGGUGCCGCUCUCUGUAAAUACAUGUAUGUAUAUGUAUCUCUCUUGUUGGUUACUUACUUUCUCUGGGCUCCCCGUUCAGAUGGUACGAAGCGGGACGGGUCGAAAAAGAAUUAUGGUAUGAGACCUACUCGAAAUAGACGGAUAGCGGGGUCCACGGCUCACAGCAUAUUUCAUAACUUUGGGUUGGGGUUUCUAGUCAAGCUGUACAGAGCUUGGGGAUGGGGUAUGGCUCGGCUCUGGUUGUUUGUGGGAAAAAAGGAGGAGAAAGGCAGCUUGCCGUCUGCGCUACCUAUUUUGUACACCAUGCCAUGUUGUGUCCAACGUGUUUCCACAAGCGAGACACCCUUAAUGGGGAUGUACGGCCUUAGACAUCAGGGAGGCAGGUCUCUUGCUGAGGCAGGCUCGGAGGGUUUGGGGGCAGUGGGGCUACCUAGGGCUCAAUGUUACCAAGUAGCUUUGAAUAUGACGAGAAGGGUGUUGUAUAAAGCAUUCAACGUACAGCGAUUCGCACGCCAGUGACUGGCGUCUUAACUGGGGUAGAGAUGGCCACAAAGUGAGGAUAUGUGCAACAGGUACGACUCGUGGGUCGUCCAGCCGUAGUGCACCGUUACUCCCUCUCAUAGACGUCCCUCGCCGUUUGGCCACGACCUUCCCCAGCUUAUCAAGAUCG